GCUGUCGGAGUAUCCAUCUACUGCACACGCCAAGAGAUCGUGUGGACACACACGUAUACCCCCUGAUAAUACGUAGCGGAAAAACUCCUGAACACAAAAGCUCGCACAAAGAAUCAACAGGCCAAACCUACACACAAUGUCCGGAAAUGACAACGGCAUGAAUAGCCCUUUUGAUGACAAAUACGUCUUCCAGGACUCAGACGGGCCGUUGCCUUCCCCCUCGGUCGGCUACAGGUCGAACCUUAACAAAAGACACUUCUCCGGUUACUCAACGUCCUCGUCAAAGGCAGGCGACGACUUCGAAGAUGCAAGCUCGAUGGGCAAGACCCCGAUGCUCCAUCAGGAUUCGUCAUCCUUUGCUCCUUCGGCCUUUACUCAGGUGAACUUGAAAUCCUCAAACAUAGAAAACAGAGACCUGAAAUUCGCCGAAGACGACGAAGGCGAUGAAGGACUAGAUGAUUUAGGUGAAUUGAGAGGCAAUAAACCUGAACAUUUGCAAAGAAAUAAGACAACCUUCCAGAGACACAGAUGGGGUACCCAGCGUAAAAAGGAUGGUAGGCCCUUGCAAAGGAAUAAAACGCUAAAGAGGGUUUUGGAAAGCUCCCUACCGCCUCAGUUUUUUCCCAAAACCGAUAAUGAUGACGACGAACUCAAGUACGACAACACAAACAAAGAUGAGAAGGAUAUUUCCCACAUCAAAAGAGACGUUUACUGGAACAUGCCUCUGCCCGCAACCAGUUUAGACGAUGAAGGCAGGCCUCCGCAAUACGCAAGAAAUAAGAUUAGAACCACAAAAUAUACGCCGUUGACUUUUGUGCCUAAGAAUUUAUACUAUCAAUUUGGUAAUGUUGCCAACAUUUAUUUCUUAACCAUGAAUAUUUUGGGUGCUUUCGAGAUCUUUGGUGUUCCUAACCCUGCGCUUUCUGCCGUUCCCUUGAUUGUCGUUGUUGCAAUCACAGCCUUCAAAGAUGCACUGGAGGACUCAAGAAGAACUGUAUUGGACUUGGAGGUGAAUAACCAGAUAACUCAUGUCUUGAAAGGCAUGGACAAUCCUAACUUUAAUGGUGAAAAUGUCAGUUUAUGGAGAAAAUUAAAAAAGGCAACCACAAGAAUAAUGCUGGCCAUAUUUAGAAGAUUGAAAAACCAAAAAGCUAUAGAUCCAUUGGCGGAGGACUCAGCAUUUCCGAGAAAAUCUUUGGACAGCAUUGAUUACAGAAGAAGUUUACAGCAACAAAGAUAUAAUGACUCUUCAGCAAUGCAAGAAAGUACCGAUCUGAAUCCUUUCAGUGAUCCAAUAACUCUUGAAAAUAAGGAUGCCGAUGAUGUCAUUGUCAAUACUCAUGAAAAUGAGAUGCCACCUUUCGUCUCUGAAUACAGUGAUGAUUAUAUUGCGCAUCCAACUUUCAAAAAAGAGUACUGGAAAAACAUUCAUGUAGGUGAUAUUGUCAAAAUCAAAAAUAACGACUCGAUCCCUGUUGAUAUUGUCAUUCUUUCAACAUCAGACUCUGAUGGUGCUUGUUAUGUAGAGACAAAAAAUUUGGAUGGUGAGACCAACUUGAAAGUUAAACAAGCGUUGAAGUGUUCCCAUGGUGAUUUGAUUUCCGUUGAUGAUUUAGCAAAAUGUAAGUUCUGGCUCGAAAGUGAAGGCCCAAAAUCCAAUUUAUACAGUUACGAAGGAAACCUGAACUAUUAUGCAAAUGGAGAUGAUGAGCGUGGAGAACUUUGCAAUGAACCCGUCAAUAUCAAUAAUAUGCUAUUAAGAGGAUGUUCGUUGAGAAACACAAAAUGGGUUGUUGGAAUGGUCGUUUUCACUGGUAACGACACGAAAAUCAUGCUCAAUUCGGGUUUAACUCCAACGAAAAAGUCAAGAAUUGCAAAAGAAUUAAACUGGUCUGUCAUUUUGAAUUUCCUGCUUUUAUUUGUUCUUUGUUUUGUUUCAGCUAUUGUAAAUGGUGUCUACUAUGACUACAAGAACGUCUCGAGAUCUUAUUUUGAAUACGGAAGUGUGGUUGGUUCUGCAGCUGUCAAUGGUAUUAUUAGUUUUUUUGUGGCUAUUAUUUUAUACCAAUCUUUGGUUCCGAUUUCCCUUUACAUUUCGAUUGAGAUUAUCAAAACUGCUCAAGCAUAUUUCAUAUACUCAGAUGUCAAGAUGUACUAUGAAAAAUUGGACUAUCCUUGUGUUCCUAAAACAUGGAAUAUAUCUGAUGACUUAGGUCAAAUCGAGUAUAUUUUCAGUGACAAAACUGGUACCUUGACUCAAAAUGUCAUGGAAUUCAAGAAGUGUACUAUCAAUGGUGUCAGUUACGGAAGAGCUUAUACUGAGGCAUAUAUGGAAAUUAGAAGAAGACAAGGUAUAAACGUGGAUGAAGAAGUCGUCGUAGAGAAAAAGGGUAUUGCAUCCGAUAAAAUUGAAAUGAUCAAACAGCUAAAAGAAAUCAAUAAAGGUGCUAUUUCCGAUACCAUCGAUAAAGAUUUGACCUUCAUUUCUAAAAAGUUUUCUAAAGACUUGAGUGGUCAAAGUGGUGAUACUCAAAAACAAGCAACGGAAAAUUUCAUGUUAGCAUUGGCUCUCUGUCAUAGUGUUUUAACAGAAAGAUCUGAAAAAGACCCCACUAAAUUUGAAUUGAGAGCCCAAUCUCCCGAUGAAGCUGCUCUUGUUGCAACCGCAAGAGACGUUGGUUUCUCUUUUGUCAACCGUACAAAGAACGGUUUGAUUUUGAAUGUUCAGGGAGAAGAGAAGGAGUAUCAAAUUCUGAAUAUCCUGGAAUUCAACUCAACGAGAAAGAGAAUGAGUGCAAUCAUCAAAUUACCUCCAGUGACUCCAGGUGGUGAGCCAAGAGCAUUAUUGAUUUGUAAAGGUGCAGAUUCUAUCAUUUACUCUCGGUUAAGUGAUAAAAAUGACAAAACUCUUCUUGAGAAAACCGCUAUUCAUUUGGAGCAAUUUGCAACUGAAGGUUUAAGAACUUUAUGUAUUGCGCAAAAGCAACUGAACUGGGCGCAAUAUCAAGAUUGGCAAAAACGUCACAAAGCUGCUUCCUCAUCGUUACAAAACAGAGAAGAUAAGAUGGAAGAGGUUGCUUCAUCGAUCGAAAAAGACUUAAUUUUGCUUGGUGGUACAGCAAUUGAAGAUAGACUACAAGAUGGUGUCCCUGAUUGUAUUCAACUUCUAGCAAGAGCUGGUAUCAAAUUGUGGGUUCUUACUGGUGAUAAGGUGGAAACCGCAAUCAAUAUUGGGUUCUCAUGCAAUUUACUAGAAAACACCAUGCAAUUAUUGGUUAUCAAAACUUCUGGUGAAGAUGUUGAAAAAAUUGUUCCAGAUGAUUUAAAGGAUACAGUCAUGGAUGAUCCAGGAGAAAUGAUCAAAUUUCUCAUUGAGAAGUAUCUCGAAGAGAAUUUUGAUAUGCUUGGAUCUGCCGAAGAGUUGGAAAGAGAAAAGAAAAUUCACCAACCACCGAGAGGUAACUUUGGUGUUGUCAUUGAUGGUGAUGCUUUGAAGUUGGCCUUAGGUGAUUCUCUCAGAAUCAAAUUUUUGCUUCUUUGCAAGCAGUGUAAGGCUGUUCUAUGCUGUAGAGUCUCACCGGCUCAAAAGGCAUCCGUUGUUAAGUUGGUCAAGGAAACUUUGGAUGUUAUGACAUUAGCCAUUGGAGAUGGUUCCAAUGACGUUGCCAUGAUCCAGGCUGCCAAUGUUGGUGUUGGUAUUGCCGGUGAAGAAGGAACCCAAGCUGUUAUGUCUUCCGAUUACGCCGUUGGUCAAUUCAGAUAUUUGGCUCGUUUGGUUCUUGUUCAUGGUAGAUGGUCUUACAAAAGAUUGGCUGAAAUGAUUCCAUGCUUUUUUUACAAAAAUGUUAUUUUCACAUUGGCGUUAUUUUGGUAUGGUAUUUAUGAUAAUUUUGAUGGUACAUAUUUGUUUGAAUAUACAUACCUCAUGUUCUACAACUUGGCGUUCACCUCACUCCCUGUCAUUUUCUUGGGUAUAUUCGAUCAAGAUGUUGAUGAUUACAUUUCUCUUUUAGUUCCACAAUUGUACAGAACAGGUAUCUUAAGAACUGAGUGGAAUGUUGAAAAAUUUUAUUGGUACAUGGUUGAUGGUUUUUACCAAUCUAUCAUAUCGUUUUUCUAUCCAUAUUUCAUGUAUUACAAAAAUGGUAUCGUUUCAAACAUUGGUUUGCAGUUGGAUCACAGAUACUAUUUUGGUGCAUUGGUUGCAUCAAUUGCAAUUGUCUCAUGUAACUCUUAUGUGAUGAUGAGACAAUAUAGAUGGGAUUGGCUAUCAUGUUUGAUCAAUUUUAUUUCAAAUAUUAUUCUUUUUGCUUGGACUGGUAUAUGGUCCUCAUCUACAAAUUCAUCAGAAUUUUACAAAGUGGCAGCACGUCUGUAUGGCGCACCUUCAUUCUGGGCAUGUUUCUUCAUUGGGUUUUUGAUGUGUAUGUUACCACGUUUUGCGUAUGACUUUGCAUGUUCUGUUCUAUAUCCAAAAGAUAUUGAGAUCAUUCGAGAAUGCGUUGACAAGGGUGAUUUCAAGCAGUAUCCGAAAGAUUACGAUCCAACAGACCCUAAUAGACCUGUCAUUUCUAAAUACUCCCAGUCUCACACUCUUGAAGCCCACAUAUCACCUGUUGACUUUCCUGCACCCGGUCCGUCUUACAGAGAUUCGAUUAACGGUACUGGUGGCAGCCGUGGAGGUACAUUCAAGCGUAUGUUUAGCGGGAAGCAAAACAAAUUCUCACCUGCUAUUCCUACGAAUCCAUCAGUUGAAAGUUUGGCAACAGAAGAAAUUGAGAUGGAUUUUCACAAAGGUCAUCGAAACGCAGAUGGUUCAAUGACAAGUCCAAGUUUCUCUGUGAAAAACAAGCAAAAUAUUGAUGACAGUUUUGAACAGACAAAGAGAAAAAUGGAUCUGCGUGAUGUGGAUGACGUAGAGAAUAGAGGCGUCAGUCUCGAGGGAAUGAGAACCAGUAUUGAGCUUCCAGAAUUGACCAAUGCCAGAAGUUUACUGAGUAACUUAUCAAAUUGAACGUUGAGGUUGAACAUUUUCUGCUUGUCCACAAACAGGCAUCACCAAUUUAAUUUUGGUUACGUUUCUCAAACUAUUAUUUUCUUGCCACUUCACUCAAUGUGAAAAUCCAUGUAUAUUUAUUUUCUUCUACAAAUUUUUUUUUUCUUAAUGAUGUUUACUUACAUGUAUAUUCCGUUUUACAUUUUCCUUAAUCUAUAUAUUUAUUC